AUGGACAGCCUUUUAAAACUCAUUCUUUACAAAUUUGUCAUAGAUCUGUGCGCUAUGUAUGAUAUCUGUAUGGCUUUUGCGAUUAAUGAUAUAAAUAAACUUGGUUAUGAUGGAUUGGCCAAUGAAAUUCAUUCGGGGCCGAUGGGAAUGAUACCUGAUUGUAAUCGCCAUGAUGAUGUGCUAACUAGUGUCGGAUUGUUCUGCGCAGGAUAUUCAGGAUACCCUUGCGCCGACGUCAAAACAUGCGCAUUCAAGAGCUGGCCGAAAAAACAUAAACUUAGAUCAGAGAAAAAACUCGAAGCAGUUUUACUCGAACUUCAAAUUGUUGUACUAAAAGAAUCUAUCAGCCACAAACAUUAUCAACCUACUGCUUUGGUGGGAUGCGCUCAGAAUAUAACUUGCGGAGAGGAGGAUGUUGUUGCUUGCUCUGCUGCAUUCCUGUAA